AUGCAGCAAGAUCUCGCUACGCUUUCUGAAAUCUUCAGAUUCCUGGAUAGGGAUAAUGACGGCAUUUUAUCGCAUGAGGACCUUCAAUCAUCCUUAGGCGCACUUAAUGUCUCCGUGGGCGACUUUGACAAGGAUCCCACCGGAUAUGAUCUGCCGAUGUUUUUGGCUACCAUUAAUUCCCAUUUGUCUGCCCUAAGGCCCAUUUCAGCGUCCGCCAAACAUGCUUUCCAGACUAUUGUUGUUCACAAUUUUUCGCAACCCGAUACUUUGAUUCCGAUGGAAAAGCUUCAUUCCCUUCUGCUUGACCAUUCUGAAGAGGGUGCAGCCUUUUCCAAGGAGGACUGGAGCAAUUUUAUUUAUCUCUCUGGUGCCGUUUCUGCAACGCUCCCAGACCCCAACAAUGCAAAUCGAAGUCUGCUAGAUUAUGAGAAGCUUGUGGGCUACUUCUCGUAA